AUGAGUCGACAUUCAAGUACAAGCAGUAGUACUCAUCCAACACCUACUGCAUCCACGCCGUUGCUGAACGAUGGUCCCAAGGUGCGUGGCGUUCACCGAGUGCCCACUUUCUUCAAGUCUUCGAUUCCCAACCGUCGAUCUCUUUUACAUGCCUUUGUUGGUAUGGCUGUCCAUAUGCUGUUUGAAUUGGUGCUGCCUAUUGUGCUGUACUAUGUAUUGCGUAGCUUUGUUUCUCCAUUACUGGCUUUAUUGCUUGCGGGUGUACCUACUGCCAUCGCUGUUGUUGUCAAGGGCUAUAAGGAGCGCAAGGUGGACAUGAUGGGCGUGCUAAUGUUGAUGGGGUUUGUGGUAUCUGCUAUAUUGGCAUUUGUGCAAUCUGAUCCCAAAUUGUACCUGUUGCGAGAAUCAGCCAUGACACUCGCUAUGGGCACCAUGUUGAUCUUGACAUUGUUUCCUCUUCGCUGGCGGUAUCAUGUGCUUCGUCCUUUCAUGUUUUAUGUAGCUAGACAGAUUGCCAUAUCCAGCAAUGUCUUGAUGAAUGCUAAUACGGUGCGUGAACAUUGGGAUUGGUUUUGGGAUUAUUAUGCUACGUUUCGUCAUUUCCUUCGAGCAUUGACAGGCAUUUGGGGCCUCGGUUUGGUCAGUGAAUUCCUUGUCCGUGUAGCCUUGAUUAAUGCAUUGGAUGAUGUCGAUGAUGUUGUUUAUUACUCCAAUAUUUACAUGUUUGUGGUGAUGUUUGUUUUGGGUACAUUGACGGUCGUCAGUGCCUUACUCUUGAGACACUACUUUAACAUUGAGCAGAACCGCAUCAAGGUUGCUGAGCGUAGAUCAGAGAUUGAAAGCAUCAUUGCUCGUGCUGCCGCAGAACAGCAACUCAAAAAGCAGCAGCAGCAGCAGCAGCAGCAGCAGCAGAAAAAGAAUGCUCCCCGGUAA